AUUCAACAAUCUCCGAAUCAUGAAAAUUCUUUUGCGUAUUUUAUUCAACGAUUGUCAUAAUCUAUCAUUUAAUCGUUACAGAAAUUCAAUGUGCACAAAAAAUUAGGCAACUUAAAUUUACAAAAUUCUUAUAAACGCGCCCAAAGGUUUGCCAGCAAAAAUCAUUUUCUUGGUGGCGCUGCAGUGUAUACGCACCAACUUAAUUUCUUUUCGACGCGAGGCGGUUAACUGUGGUUAACACUAUCGUUCCGCGCUCUCGCAGUGUGCCUCGUGCAUUUAUUUUAGUGAAAAUAUCCAAUUCAAAGGGCAAUAUGGGCGGAGAAGAAGGAUUGGGUGUAACCACCGGUCAGCCAAACCUAUACAAGCAAGACCUCUCAAAGCUCGAUGUGAGCAAGCUAACUGCACUGUCGCGUGAGGUCAUCAGUAGACAAGCUACCAUCAAUAUUGGUACUAUUGGCCAUGUGGCACAUGGAAAAUCUACAAUUGUCAAAGCUAUUUCUGGUGUGCAGACUGUUCGUUUCAAAAAUGAACUUGAAAGAAACAUAACUAUUAAGCUUGAGAGUCGUGCGACGGAAAGUAACAGCGGAAACAAGGCAGAAGUUUCCGGCGCUACAUACACAAAGUCCUCUGUGUGUCUAAAGCGGCCCACUUCGCCUACAACUAUCAUCCAGCCACCAGCCAAGCUGCCAAGGCUUGAAGUGCGAUUGCCCUCUAUCGAGAUGGACGAGACAUACUUAGAAAGUAUAGACGAUUCUUCCAAUAUUCCCAAAGAUAGAGACAAUUCAACGGCACGUGAAAUGUUAGUUGAAUCAAUAGAGCGGAUGACGGAAGAAAAUCUGAAUGCAGAGGAUGAUAAAUGUACAAGAGGUCAGAGAAGCUCGCAAAAGUCUAGUGAUAGUGACUCCUACUCGUGCGACGCGUUAAAAUAUCUUCAGCACGGUAUAAAGUUAAAGGAAUUGAGAAUCCAAGUCGAGGACAUAGGUAAAACGUUUAAAAAUCUUGGCGGUAAGAGGAAGCUCAUCAAGAAAAAGGAGUACGAAGUGGAGAAAAUAUUGGAGAAAAAGAUAACAAAGGAGAAUGUAUUGUAUUUAAUAAAGUGGAAAGGCUGGAGCUCCCUUAGUAAUACAUGGGAACCUGAAACGAACCUAGUUGAUUGCGCGGAACUAUUAAUGGAAUUUGAGAACGAGAGAACGAGACUAUUAAAUAAAUUUAAGAAAGUCACUGGCUUCGAGCCCAAUACCGAAACUAUCGAGGAGUUAAUGAAGAGCCUGAUGAAUGACAAUGAAAACGACGACUGCCUAUUCAGUUACGAGUACACACUGUACAAAGACUUGAGAAAGUACUUCGCCCAGAAACGGUCAAAAAUGCGAAAACUCGAGAGUCGAAUCAAACACAAUAUAUUGCGUGUGCUGCUCUCUACUUUGCGAAACGAGCAGUUGGCGUCGUUACGCGAGUGGGAGGAGGAAAUGAACGGCAUAUCAAAAGGAAAACCGCUUAUCAAAGUAGAAAAUUUAGUCGACUUAGAAUUCGCGCCAUGCGACUUCUAUUACGUAGACGAGUAUCUGCCAGGUGCAGGAGUGAUUAUACCGGACGAGCCACCGAUUGGCUGUGAAUGUACAACGUGCGACUCUAAGGGCGAGUGCUGUUUCCUCCAGGGUAGUCGAUCGUUUUCAUACACAUCUGCGAGGAGAAUUCGCGUACCACCGGGUACGCCUAUUUACGAGUGCAACAAACGCUGCACCUGCCCACCAGAUUGCCUAAAUCGCGUGGUGCAGCGUGGCACAUUUGCUAAGCUUUGCGUUUUUCGCACUUCUAAUGGUCGCGGCUGGGGCGUUAAGACACUGAGAGUCAUUAAGAAAGGUACCUUCGUUACGCAAUACGUUGGUGAGGUCAUAACAAGCGAGGAAGCUGAGAAACGUGGCACGGAAUACGAUGCUGCUGGCAGAACAUACUUAUUCGAUUUAGAUUAUAACCAGAGCGAGGAUCAAUGCUUGUACACUGUGGAUGCUGCCAUAUAUGGAAACGUCUCUCAUUUUAUAAAUCACUCCUGUGAUCCUAAUUUAGCCGUUUAUGCUGUAUGGAUUGAUUGCCUCGAGCCGGAUCUCCCGAAGCUCGCUUUGUUUGCUACGAGGGACAUUAAGCAAAACGAAGAGAUAACAUUUGAUUAUGCAUGCCAGUUCUCUAAAGCGCCUGAUAACAAUGAUUUGCCUUCGGAAUCGCAACAGCGAUUAGAAUUACCCGGUGGAAGGUCCUUAGAUUAUAAGACUAGAUGUAAAUGUGGUACUAAGGCGUGUAGACAGUAUUUGUUUUGAACAUUCAAGAGCAAUUAUCAAUGACUUGAUUAAUCGGUAGUACUUUUUGAGUCUAUAUGUCACUUCUGUUAAUCGAUAAUAAACUUACUGCCUAAGAUUAAAGUCAGUGUCUGACUAAGGUUUUCAUUUGCAACGAGAUAUAGUAUUUUGGUAACUUCUUUGUUGAAUUUUAUGGAUAGCGAAAUAACUAGAAUUAUAGUCAUGGAACAUUGUUAAUUUUCUACUUGAAUAGGUCAGAUGCAAAUUUCCUCAGCUCAUUUCCCAAAGAGAUAUAAUGUUGAUGUAGAAUGCUAAUGCGUUUCAAGUUAUUCUAUCUUAGAUUUCUCUAUUAAGUUAUUUAAGCAUACUGCCCGUUCUUGUCAAUACACUCUGCGUCCCUUUGAGAAUUAUGUCAAUAACUUUAUGACAUAUAUGUAUAGCAAGUGCCCAUUUGACAUUACGUUAUUUCACUGCACACCUGACUAUACGAAACGUGUAUAACUCAUCAACAUUUUGACAUUAAUUGUUUUAAUUGCAUCUAAGUAUUAAGUUUCCUUUUUUCUUUCUCUUAUUUCUUUAUGGCUCAUAGACGUUUUAUAUUGCAUUUUUAGAGAACUAAAACGUUUCGUAUACGUUUAUUUAUUAUUGUUACUGUCAUCGACGUGCGAUUACACCAGCACGCUAAUGACUUGGAGUUAAUUACUGUAUUGUACGUAUCUGCACAACAGUAACAAUAUAAAAGAUCACUCUCGAAUUUCAUGUAAUAAGCUCGACGAGUAUAAAAAUAAUGAUUUCCGUGUAAAAAUUUCGUCCUGCUAUUCACGCGUUAUUCAUAAAUUAAACAUGUUAAUCAUUAAAUCAUUAACAAAUAAACCGUAAGUCUCGACUCUUUUCGGUUCGGUUGAAAUGGUAGUUAGAGUAAAUAAAAACGAAUAUGGCACUUACCUGAUGGAUGGUAAAUAAAAUAUUACAUGAUUCCAUAAUGAUUUUUCUAUGUUAUAUAAUGAAGAGCAACUCACUUGUGACAUUGUUCGCUCAUAAGGAAUUCAGUGCCUAAAAGAAAUAUAAAUAAAAAUAUGGAUUAGAUAACACUAGCUCGUUUGUUUAAAUUUGUAAUAUAUAAACGGCAUGAAUGUUAAGCGGAAUUUUUGUUACUACUAUUAUUAUUAUAUUAUUAUUAUUGUUGUUAUGCGCAUGGCGAAUCUCACAUCUCUGAAUACGUAGAGAAUUAUUAUAUUUCAAUGAUUAAUAAAUGCGCUAUAGUCAGAGCUCUCAAUGAGUGAAUGAUCCACCGAAAAUAUCGUAUGAACGUAUGUGUUCUGUUAUUGAUCAUAUGCUGUAUUCAAUCUUCACAUAAACUUUAGUUUCGCUUAAGAGGAGCAAAGAAACGGCGAGGCAACUUCGACAAAUAAAGGAAUACAUAGUACUGCUGAAUAA